UAGUAUAUUUUUAAGCUCUUUUCUCUUUAUUAUUAUCCGUUUUCUGACUUGUGGAUCUGUCUUUGUCUGAUCAUCCAAUUUUUGUUGUGUUUCCUCUGUUUCGUUUAUGAAUCAUGAUGUUAGAAGAAGUAGUAAAGGAAGUAACUUUCGGUUGUGAAAUUGGAGUUAAAGAGAGUCUCUUUAGUAGCUAUUUGUUUAAAUUUAUCGGUUUGAUUCUUGUUGCUAUUAGGGUUUUUAAGAGAAAUGAGUUGAUUUUCCUCUGGAAUCUGGAAUAGAUCCGUUUCAUCUUUGCUGAUUUGCUCUAUGUAUGAGUAAACUCUGUAUCUGGUGUGAAUUCGUUUUCCACAACAAAAGUCAUCAGAUUUCAUUUUUUUUAUAAACAUUAUACAAAGAUCUGACCUUUAUUAAUUGACUUUACUGUGUUUUUACAUUUGUUCGCACGCAUUUAUGUGGGUUGUCCAGUUUCGCUUUAGUUUUCUUUCUCUUUUAUAUGGAUGUGAACAUGCAUUACUGACACAGCUCACUCGUUCUCUGUUUCAUGGAUUCUUAGCAUUGUGUAAUACACUCUAACUGCUUUACUUUAAUUUUAUAAGAAGGGUUUUAGGGCUUGGAUGCUUUGUUUUCAUUGAAGAAGAAGUACAAGGAGUGAAUACAAGGAUUAUGGGAACUCACAUCAAUUUCAACAACUUAGGAGGUGGUGGUCACCCUGGAGGGGAAGGGAGUAGUAAUCAGAUGAAGCCAACGGGUAGUGUUGUCAUGCCCUUGGCGAGGCAGUCCUCGGUCUAUUCCCUUACCUUUGAUGAGUUACAGAACACACUAGGUGGACCGGGAAAAGAUUUCGGGUCAAUGAACAUGGAUGAACUCCUGAAGAGCAUAUGGACUGCUGAGGAAGCUCAGGGCCUGGCCAUGACUUCUUCGUCAGCUGCUACAGCGGUAGCGCAACCCGGUACUGGUAUCCCUGGUGGGAACCUCCAGAGGCAAGGCUCUUUGACGUUGCCUAGAACGAUUAGUCAGAAGACUGUUGAUGAGGUGUGGAAAUGUUUGAUCACCAAGGAUGGUAAUAUGGGAAGUAGCAGCGGAGGCGGUGGUGAGUCGAAUGCGCUUCCUGGGAGGCAACAGACUUUAGGGGAAAUGACACUUGAAGAGUUUCUGUUCCGUGCUGGGGUUGUAAGAGAAGAUAACUGUGCUCAACAGAUGGGUCAGGUCAAUGGAAACAACAACAACAACGGGUUUUAUGGUAACAGCACCGCUGCUGGCGGCUUUGGUUUUGGAUUUGAUCAGCCAAAUCAAAACAGCAUAUCAUUCAAUGGUAAUAAUGAUUCUAUUAUCAUGAAUCAGCCACCUGGUUUAGGGCUCAAAGUGGGUGGAACAAUGCUGCAGCAGCAGCAGCAACAACAACAACAACAACAACAACAACAACAACAACAACAACAGUUAUUGCAGCAGCAGCAACAACAGCAGUUGCAGCAGCUGAAUCAGCCUCAUCCACAGCAGCAGCUGAAUCAGCCUCAUCCACAGCAGCAGCAUCCGCAGCAGCGGCUGCCUCAAAUCAUUUUUCCUAAACAAACAAAUGUAGCAUUUUCUUCGCCUGUGAAUAUAGUCAACAAGGGUUUUGCUGGGGCUGCAAAUAAUUCCAUCAACAAUAGUAAUGGAUUAGCUAGUUUCGGAGGAACUGGGGUUACUGUUGCAGCAACUUCUCCAGGGACAAGCAGCGCAGAAAAUAAUUCUUUAUCACCAGUUCCAUAUGUGCUUAAUCGAGGACGAAGAAGCAAUACAGGUCUAGAGAAGGUUAUCGAGAGGAGGCAAAGGAGAAUGAUCAAGAACCGAGAAUCAGCUGCUAGAUCAAGAGCUCGAAAGCAGGCUUAUACAUUGGAACUGGAAGCUGAAAUUGAAAAGCUCAAGAAAACGAAUCAAGAACUGCAGAAAAAACAGGCUGAAAUGGUGGAGAUGCAGAAGAAUGAGCUGAAGGAAUCGUCGAAGCAACCGUGGGGCAGCAAAAGACAAUGCUUGAGAAGGACAUUAACUGGUCCGUGGUGAAGGAUGAAGCAACAAGAACGGUUUAAACCAGCUGCCUAGCUUGGGACUAAUGUAAUAGGAGUUAGUGCUACCUGUACAGGAGAUUAAGAGAAAUUGAGUGAAAAGUCUAGGUUACAGAGUAGAAGAGAGUUUUCAUUAUGAAUAAAUGACAGUUUGUGCCCUGACCUUUAUUAGUCUAGGUUAGAUUAUCCUCUGUUUUUGUGUUUUCUGGUUGUUGGGGUUUCUAAAAGACAUACAGUAGUUGUUUAUAUAUAUGUCUGACUUUGUAUUACGGAUUUGGUUCUCUUAUAUCAUUAAUUUGGGUUUAACCAUUA